UGUUUUGCAUCGAUUUCGAUUUCCGUUUUUUCCUCAAUUUUGCUAUAAUAUUGCAUUGCAAAUAACUUCUAAGUAGUAUUGUGGUCGGAGAAACUUAUAUGGCCUCAAUUAAUUUAAGAUUAAAAAUGUGAAAAAUCAGUAAGCGUUGAACAAGAUUUUACAUCGUAGUAAUGAAGAAGCUGGCUCAAUGCACUUUUGUCUUCAAGGUAAAAGAUUUCUACAGUUAAUCAAGUUAUAUAAUUUAAAGCCUUAUAAAUCUCAUAUUUUUAAGAUGGCAUCUGGAGAAUCUUCAGAGAGAAGUAAUUUUGAUGAGGUACUUUUACAACCAUUUAACUAUAUAGAGCAAGUACCCGGGAAACAAAUAAGAACAAAGUUAACUAAGGCAUUUAAUUACUGGCUUAACAUUCCAAUGGACAAAUGUAAUGCAAUUGGUGAAAUAGUUCAAAUGCUACACAAUGCUAGUCUUUUGGUUGAUGACAUAGAAGACAAUUCUAAACUACGUAGAGGCAUUCCUGUAGCCCAUCAUAUUUUCGGCGUAGCAAGUACAAUUAAUUCAGCUAAUUAUGUGUAUUUUUUGGGAUUAGAACGAACCUUAAAACUUGGUCAUCCUAAAGCAACUGAAGUUUUUACUGAGCAGUUACUGGAACUCCAUCGAGGGCAAGGAAUGGAAAUUUAUUGGAGAGAUAACUUUUCAUGUCCAACAGAGCAUGAAUACAAAGAGAUGGUCAAAAGAAAAACUGGUGGGCUUUUUGGCCUUGGUGUUAAGUUAAUGCAGCUAUUCAGUGAUAACAAAAGUGAUUUCUCUAAAAUCAUUGCAGUCAUGGGGUUGUACUUCCAGAUUAGAGAUGACUAUGCAAAUUUGCAAUCAAAAGAGUAUACUGAAAACAAGAGCUUUUGUGAAGAUUUAACAGAAGGAAAAUUUUCUUUCCCUAUCAUUCACUCUAUCAGAAGCAAUUUGGAUGAUCCUAGGAUUAUGAACAUAAUCAGGCAGCGUACUACAGAUGUAGAGAUUAAAAAAUAUGCCUUAGAUUUGAUGGAAAAGUUGGGAUCGUUCGAGUAUAGUCGAAAUGUUCUCAAAGAACUGGAUUCUCAGGCUAGAGAAGAAAUUCAGCGUCUUGGCCAUAAUGCAUUUUUAAUAGCAGUGUUGGAUGAACUUCGACUAUGGUGAUUUUUUGCUUUGUAUUGAUCUUAAAUGUGAUACUCAGAAUAAACUUUCAAAGUCAUGAUCACUUUACAUCUUGAAAUUUAUUUAAACAACAUUAUGUAAUUAUUUUUAAACUUUCCAAGUAAAUAAAA